CAGCAAAUGUUGCAACAACAACAACAACAGCAGCACCAACAAUUGCAACAAGAGUACGGACAGCAGCAGCAGAGGCAGGCGGAGGAGCAGAGGAGAUCGCAGCUGCAACAGCAGCCGCAACUUUACUUGAGACAACAAGAGAAUCAGAUGCAGCAAUUGCAGCAGCCGCACACGUCGCGACAACAGAUUCAGUCGCAGACUCAGCCGCAGACUCUGGCGCAGAGUCAGCCGCAGAUUCAAUCACAGAGUCAACCACAGACUCAGCAACAACAACCGCAGCAAUCGCAGCAAAUGAAUUAUUCCUGGUUGAAACCAUCAACUUCUAAAGGCGAGACGAGCAACAAUAACGGGCAGAAACGCACUCGCCAGACUUACACCCGUUACCAAACCCUCGAGCUGGAGAAAGAAUUUCACUUUAAUCGGUACCUGACGCGCAAUCGUCGCCUCGAGAUAGCCAGAGCCCUUCACCUGACGGAACGCCAGGUGAAAAUAUGGUUUCAGAACCGGCGGAUGAAAGCGAAAAAAUUCAACAAGGAUGCCGAGAAUGGGUCGGAUAAAGGAACCGGUCGACCCCGAAGAAACCAAUCUUUCACCAAUCGAGUUACCGCCACCGCGACGAGGGCGACGGUGACGACGGCGACCGUGACGACGGCGACGGCGACGGCGACAGUGACGAGCAACGGGGCCGCGUCAACCGCGGCGGCGUAUCAUCAGACCGCGACUGCCAUGCCCUCUUGCAUGCAACAGCAACCGCCGCAGCAGCAGCACCAGCAGCCGCAGCAGCAGCACCACCAAGCGGUUCAAAAUGGCUACGUCUAUCAACAACAACCGCAGCAACAUCAACACGCAGCGUUCAAUGGAUACAAUGGGUAUAGCGAUCAGAGAAAUAAUCACGGAGGAAACAAUCAACCUCCUCUUUAAUCCGAUUAUUCGACUUCGAAGAAGGGAAGGAACGUAGUUCUUAAAGGAGAAGUAAUUAUUUUAUUUUAUU